UUUAAAAACAAAAGCAAGCAAGAUGGAGAAAAUUUAAUUCUUCUUCAUAAAAAAUGUAUGUCAUGUGUAUGAAAUGAUUGCAAGGCAAGUUAAAGCAACAAUUGUGAUACUCAGCAUUUCUCUAAUGACAAAAAAACGCAGCUGCCGAUAAAUGUGCGCUUACGGUAGCUUCAAAACACAAAACAGAUAAACGUCUAUACGUAUAUACGUUUGGCAUUUAAACAAAAUAUGCAGCAUAAUAAUAACGCAAGCCUUUCUUAAUAAUAACGCGCUUAUGUGUGUGUGUGUGCAUAAAACAAUUUACAAAAAUUUUUUCAAAAAAAAGAAACGUUGAUUAAAAAGUUGUUUUCAAGGGAUGCAUCUUUCUUUCUAACUCGCUAGAGGCUUGGAGUGGUAAGCCCUUCCUAAAAUUCAUUGUUCUCUGUUUUAACAGGUGCAUUUAUUAUUUAUGUUAAACUAACUGUGUAGGCGCAAAGAAAAUUGCCACAAAAACUAUAGUUUUAAGGUGUCAUCCUUAGAAAGAAAGAUUAACGUGAAUAAAACAUCCCCUAAAGGAAAACAAGAAAAAAACAAAACAUUAUGCAUGGCUGACUGACUGACUGCCUGUUAAAACCCUUUUCGGAGUUACUGAACAAAAGCAUAAACAAUACCAAUAAAAUAUUAAUGGUUUGAUGUAUAAGCAUAACUCUGUUAACUGAACCAUAUAAAUGAUUUUUGAAUAGUAUAUAAAAUACAUAGGAGAAUCAACAGUAAGAACGUGUUGUUAUUACAAGCUACUGCAUAAGCAAAUAUUAAUUUAAAUAAUAGCAGAUUCCUUCCUCUCUUGCCAUAUACAAAACGAUACAACGAAUUUUACAAUAACAACAUUUAACGAUAAUGGAUACUGUGGCUAUCAAAACCUCCCCGCCUCAUGCACCUCUAUCGUCAUCGCUGCAAAAGCAUUUAAAACAUAAUAAUUCAAGCAGCAUCACUAGCAGUUGUGCUACUAGCAGCAGCAGCAGCAGUAGUAAUAGUAAUAAUGCUAGCACUAAUAAUAGUGCUAGUGUUGGUAAUAAUGCCACUUCAAACAGCACUUCAUCAAAUGAUUUGUUGUAUACAAAAUCGAGUAUUGGUGCAUUUUUUCAAACUUGCAAGGUUUUGUGGCAUUUAGAUGCUUUUCGUCGUUCAUUUCGUGCUUUAAAUCAACAUGUUUGCAGUGGACCAGAUUGUAUAUUUUGCGCUUUAAAGGAACUUUUCCAGCAAUUGCAAACCAGUUCAGAGCCAGCCUUAUGUCCCGAACCUCUGCGACGUGCUUUAGCCAGUGGCCCGCUAGCCGGUCGUCGCUUUCCAUUGGGUUGCUUGGGUGACGCGGCCGAAUGUUUUGAGCUAUUACUACAUCGCGUACAUUCUCAUAUCUCGGCUGAUGAUGUUGAUGCCUGCGAAUCGCAAGCUUGCAUUGCUCAUCGUCGCUUCGCAAUGCGUGUCAUUGAGCAGAGCGUAUGCAAGUGUGGCGCCAAUUCUGAACAGCUGCCGUUCACUCAGAUGGUUCACUAUGUUUCCGCCUCUGCACUAACUUCGCAGAAUAAUUUGGCUUUGCAAAAUCAUCAACAAUUAACUUUUGGUCAAUUAUUGCGAACAGCCGGUAAUAUGGGAGAUAUUCGAGAUUGUCCGAAUUCGUGUGGUGCUAAAAUCGGCAUUUGCCGUGCUUUACUCAAUCGUCCCGAUGUCGUAUCAAUUGGCAUCGUUUGGGACUCAGAACGGCCUGCUGCUGAUCAAGUGCAUGCUGUUUUGAAGGCUAUUGGCACUUCGUUGCGCUUGUCCGAUGUCUUUCAUCAAGUUGCGGAACAACAUUGGGCUCAAAAUGUUCAACAUGAACUUGUGGGCAUUGUUUCAUAUUAUGGCAAACACUAUACCACAUUUUUCUUUCAUACCAAACUUAAAGUUUGGGUGUACUUCGACGAUGCCAAUGUGAAAGAAGUCGGUCCGCAUUGGGAAGGUGUUGUUGAUAAAUGCAGUCGCGGGCGUUAUCAACCAUUAUUAUUGCUCUACGCUAUACCACAGCCAAAUGGGGGCCAAACGCAAUCCGUUGCACAAAUGUCAUCGUCUCAAUAUUUGCAAGAAAUCGCCAGCAAUUCACAGUCGACCGUUGUACGCCGAGCCAUUACUCCCAGCCCUGAGAAGCCUCAAUUGGGCAACACUAGACGUGCCAUUACACCCACACCUCUCCGGAUGCCCAACGAUUAUCAGAACCUUAGUGUUAUUCAAGAUAACAUAUUUCCCGCCUCUCCGAACUCGGUAAACAAUCCCCAAAUGAAACAAAUAGGCACUGACGAAACUGAUGCCUACAUAUGUCGAAAAACAGUGGAACAUGUUCUAAGUGCUCAAUAUCAAAAUUUAAACAUCAUACAGGAUAAAAUUUUUAGUGUUGAAGAUAAAGAUAUAACUAAUGUUACAAUGAAUGGCUACCAACAGCGUAAAAACCUGGAAAAUGUUUUAAAUGCGCAGUUAGCUCGUAAACAUCACCAGCAUUUGCAGUUGCAACGAUCUCAUAGUGCUGAGUCGGGCCAUAUUUCAGGUUCAUCAGCUUCUUCAACAACUUCAUCAACAAAUAGCUCAUCACCACCUAGUGAUGGCUUGACUAUACCUGAACAUUUGAAUCAGCCACGACGCCGUGAUUCCGGCAAUUGGUCGGGUGACCGUAAUUCGGCUAGUUCAGCAUCCUCUACUACUUUGGAUAAUCCCUACUUAUACAUGGUUGGCAAACGUUCCGCAUCCGCUGUCCCUCAAAGCCCAACACGGAAUGGCUUACCAUAUGAUCCAGGCUAUGAUUCUUUCUCUUUGAGCUCCACCGAUUCCUAUCCUCCUAAGCAUCCCUUAAAUCCCCAAUUGGCUAAAAUACCGGAAGCUGCACCUUCAGUUGUAUUAACAGGAGACUGUGAAAAAUUAUGCCAAGAAGCUGAUCAACUCCUUGAAAAGUCUAGAAUCCUUGAAGAAUCUCACGAUCUUGAGACGGCGUUGGUCUUAUGUAAUGCGGCAGCAGGAAGAGCUCGAGCUGCAAUGGAUGCUCCUUACAGUAAUCCUCAUACUAUGACAUUUGCUCGGAUGAAACAUAAUACCUGUGUAAUGCGAGCUCGCUCAUUGCAUCGACGUAUUCUCAUUGAAAAGGGAGCAGAAAUGGAUGCCACGCCUGAGAUGAAACAUAUGCGUGAAGGCAGCAACAGCAGCGUUGUCAAACAUGUACGCCAGAAUAGUAAAGAUAAGACAUUGGAUAAAUCAUCGAAUAAUGCUGUAAGUUCCAGCAUAUGCAACAGCCACAUUAACAACAUCAUUAAUAACAGUAACACAAGCAACAACAGCAAUAAUAAUAAAAGUAUAGAAAUUUAUGCGACCUUACCGAAAAAGAAGAGCCCCUUGAAGGCCUUGGCUACAGCGGCCGCUGAGGCCGAUGUCAUUGAACUAGAAACACCUUCAAAACCGGAACGUGAAAGUCGUUCUCUCUUCGGUCGCAAUAGCGGUAAACAAGAGAAAGACAAGCGCAGUCGCAGUGAAGAUCGUAAUAAAAUUAAUCGUGAGUUUUCUUUAACCGAAACUCUUCUGGUCAAUGCUAAGGACACUCUAAAAAAGCAUAAAGAGGACAAAGAAGAGAAAAAGGAAAAAGAGGGAAAGAACGGUAAAAAACAGCACAAGAUUAGACGAAAGUUGCUGAUGGGUGGUUUGAUAAGACGCAAAAACCGUUCAAUGCCCGAUCUUACGGAAACUGGAGAUGAAACAAACAAUGCGAAUCAACAGAAUUCGCCCCCUGCUCCCAUUACAACAUCAGUGGAUGACAGUGUGGUAGGAAUGCCUGGUAAGAACCCUCUUAGUGGUUAUAUUUCGGAAGGGCAUUUCGAUUAUAAAGACAAUCAAACAACAAAUGGAGUUAACGCCAAUCCUAACUUAGAGCGAAGUAAAUUGAUGCGCAAAAGUUUCCAUGGCAGUGGUCGACAAUUGACGGUAGUAACUAAGGUGGCUCCCCCACCACCACCCAUGCGUACUAGUUCUAGCUUAAAUAAUCAGCAGUUGCAACAAUUAGCUUUGCAACAACAGCAAGACAUUAACCUAAUGCGGCAUUACCACCACGAGGCCAAUCUCUCCAACAUAUCGGCUAUGAGCUCAAAUACCUCCAUCAGUGAAGACUCAUGCCAGACUAUUAUAACUACUUGUGCACAAGUUCAUUCGGAACAAAGCCCUCUAAAGGAGAAUAUGUUUCAGACAGCUGCGUCUCAUUUUCAACAACAGCAAAAGCAAUUCAUAAAUGACUCCAAUUCGGUUGAUGUUGUAGAUGGGCAUAUAAGGCAAGAUUCUCAUGAUUUCCCACCCCCACCUCCGCCUUUAGAAUUACCGCCAUACCCUAGCCCACCUCAAUCGGUAAGUCAUUCUAGGCAAGCGAGCGAAGAUUUUCCACCACCGCCACCCGAAAUUGACUUAGAGCCUCUCAAUCAACAAAUCAAUCAGAUACAAGCCUUAGAGGCGGCUAACAAGCAACAACAAAAAUCCAUGGAUAAUAUGGAAGGCACAACAAGUAUUUUAGCUCAACUACAGCAGAGACAACAUUUGAUGAAAAUGCGCAAAGAGCAUUCGGCGACACCCACGGUUACGCAAGCGUCUAACACAGAGGUUUCAUGGUUAAGAGAAUUGCAAAAUAAACAAAUGCAACGUCAACAACAAGAACAUCAUCUUCAGCAGCAGCGUUUUGAAUGCCAACAAUCUCCAGGGCCUAUAAGGACAUUUGGUUCCCAAGAGUUGCUCAAUAGUAAACUAACAGGUAUACGCACGCCAAUCAAUGGUCUUUCAUCAAAAUGUGACAACGACGAAGUAGAUUGCUUGCCUCAAAGGCCGCCACCACCUACUUUGCAACAACGUCAAAAUUUGGUUCACUCAUCAAAUGCGACAAUAAACGGAAUUUUGCCUAAGCCUAAAUACGACGUGACGCAAAACCAAAUAGCUGAGGAAAUCAGAGAAGUUGAAAUGCUCAACAACAUAAUGCAGCAAACUCUAAACAAUUCCAGCAACAAUAACGUAGCACCUACUACCGCCAACGGUAAUACCGUUAACAAACGCAUAAAAAAGAAAAGUGUUUCCUUUUGUGACCAAGUUAUUCUAGUGGCCACUGCGGACAACGAAGAAGAUGACGACUUCAUACCGAACCCUAUAUUGGAGCGAGUUCUGCGCACAGCUCAGAAUCCCAACGAGAAACUAACUUCGCAGAUGAUACAACAGCAGCAACAAAACAUCAUGCGACUACAAGCGGAAGCGCCACAACGUAUGACAAUACAACAACAGCAACAGCAGCAACAGCAGCAACAGCAGCAACAACAGCAACAGCAGCAACAACAUCAAAUAGCAGCAAUAAUGCAACAGUCGCCUAUGCUGGGUAACGACCGGCGAACACCCUUAACAGUACAACAAGAUAUGCAGCGAUAUGUACAAUUGCAAAGACCACAGAUAGAAGCCUUACGACAGCAACAGCAGCAGCAACAUUUGCAAAAACCAAUAGUACAACAGCAGCUUCAAGCGGGUCAAGUUUAUACACCUAUACAAGAUAUUUACCGCCUACAGCAGCAACAACAAAGCCACCAGCAACAGCAACUAACUGCAAGUGGUCAAAUAUCGUCAAUGGGUGAUUCUGCACAAAUCAAUCAACAUCAUUUGGCUCGCACGAGUAUGAACGGUAUCGCUAAUGUUGCCACGACGCAACAUUUGCAGAUGCUAACAGCACAUACGCAACAACAGCACCAACAACAACAACAUAACUUUGCUAUGCAACGAAUGCAACAGCAACAGCAACAACAACAACACCAGCAACAACAACAACCAAACCUUCAUAGUACUAACUACUAUCCGAUUGUAUCUAAUCUAGAUCAUCAUCAACCCGCUCCACAAACCAUGCAAUCCCACAUACCUUCACCGUAUCAAAGAGUCCCGUUGCCACAUGGUUAUUCUAAUAACGGCGAUGGUUGCUACUCGCAGAGGCCAUCAACGCAACCCAUCAACAAUCCAAACAUUGGCUCACCUUAUAUGCCCCUACCCGCCUACCCUCAGCAGCAUAGCAAACCGAAAAAGGUUAGCUUUGAACCAGGUACAAAAGGAGAAUCAAAGGAAACGCCUACGACGACACUACCACCCAAACCACUGUUACAUAUGCAACAUGGUCUCCCAUUGCCUGCACAACUUCAACAGCAGCAACACCAACAACAACACCAACAACAACAGCAACAGGCACCACCACCCCUUCCUUUACCACCAGCACAGGUAACCCCUAUUUCAGCCGGUACCCUCAAUAACACCGAUGGUCAAAGUAACGGUCCAGUGAAUGUGACACCGAUCCCUACACGAAUUUACAAUAACGCCAUCGUAAAGGCAUCUGCUAAAGCUGCAGAAUGUGGUUUGUGUCGCAAAAGGCACAUUAUUGCACCCGCCGUUUAUUGCAAUAAUUGUGAAUACUAUUUAAAAAUGUUAAAUAGCAGACGAUGAAAAUGAAGAGGACGGACACGAAGAAAGAACAAGGAAACAGAAAAUACAAUUCAAGCAUUUCUUUUUAUAUUUACAUUUGUAUUAAUCUUAGUACGUUAGUCGUAGCAAAAGGAAUCUCAUGUGAUGCUAGUAUCAUCCCGUAUAUGUACAUAACUACGGAUGAACAUCGCCUAUGAUGUACUUAUGCAUAUACAUCUGAAAGAGGUAAGUAUAAGAAAUUUUUAAAGCAGAAGAGCUAACUUCAAGACAUUUCUUUAAGAUAUAAUAAGUUAUACGUUUUAUAUACACAUUUUUUUAAUGCUGAUCUAUUUAUUAAAGCCUGCGAUGCAUGUUGCCGAUCUUUUGAAAAUCUUUCUGCCUUUAAAAUUUUUCAUGCAUAUAUUUAAUAUUAAUUUUAGAUUAC